AUGUCAAGCUCGCCUCCCGAGCCCGAAAAUGCCGCUCCCUCCGGGACGGUGAGGCCUGAAAGCGUUCCUAAGAUUUCGCAGGAUGGAGAUCAUAACAAAAAUGUGCGACGGCCAUGGACACAACCACCGCGGACGAAAUCUGCUUCUUUGCUGACACAAGCCCUGGCUACGAGUUACGAAGCAGAUGAACAUCCUACAAACUCAUUCACCGACUCCCCAGACACGUAUCAACCGGAGCUAGACUUUCCACAACAGAAUGAUUCACGGCGCAAUGAAGUGAACAAUGCUCAGGACGAGCGCUUUCCCACACAAUUUGCGGAAUCCAGCAGAUCAAUGCCAGCAGCAGGUAUGCGGACAGCUGGGAGUCCAGGUAGCACCUCAACAUCAACCUUCACCCACUUCAAUCUUCAUGACAUGAGACAUGUCAACUCUCUCCUCAUGAGCCACCGAGACUUUUUGGGCUCAUCCAAAGGACGAGGGACCUCUCUAGAACGAACCGAAAAAGAGAAACGGGUUGAGGAUCUUCCGAAAGGAACAUAUUCGACAAAUGCUGGAGAUACAGGUCUGACCCGACCAUCAACACCGACAGCCCCCGCAUCUGUCGAACCUAUUACCACCAAUCCACCAACUGAUGGACUCCGCGCACAAUAUAGAUCUUGGAGAGAUGCUCGCCCUACCACAGCUGCUGAGAAGGCAUGGUCGAUUGGCGAACAUGGAAGUCAUGAUAGCGACGGCGGUCAAGUCGAGAAGUCUAUAGCUGAAGCACUUGCCGGAGUUGAACCAAACAACCGAAGCAGAAAAGCAAGUCACAGCUUACGUUUCUUUCGCGAGGGCUUACCCGAGGACAAAGCUGUGAAGAAGGAUGUCAAAAACCGAGGACGUUCAAAGGAUGGCUUAAGCCGUGGCAAGAGUUAUUCGGAUCAGCCAAGGCUCAAAAGUGGCCCUCAAUCACCCCGCGAGGAUGGGGCCUAUUCUGCUGCGAGUCCAGGGCUUGAUAGAGCAAGUCUUCUCCAAUCUGGCCUCGAAACGAGAACAUCCAAGCGUGAUGAUUACCUGCCUUUAAAUCCUACUGAAGGUCUUGCAGCCGAAGCUGGCUAUUUUGACUCCUCGCAUACCAUUGAAACAGUGUCUGAAGAGCAGCUAAAGGAGCUGCCAGCCCAGUUACUUGCAGACAUUCGAAAACACCACAAUCUUACUCCUGGUGCAACAAAAGGCUCCUCGUUCUCGCAAAGCAUACCUGUCACUGCAUCCGAAAGACCGCAAUCGAUAACGACCAAGUCAGAAGUUGCAGGAGAAGGCACAAUCGUCAAGGAAAUUGUUGAGGAUUCUGAAGAGGCUUGCGAUGGGGCUGAACUGUCACACAUCAAGAGUGCAGAUGAAGACGAUGAUUCGGGAGAAGAACAAAUAUCUUCUGCAUUGUUUGUCCCUCACAAAACCCCUCAUGAUUCCCCUGAGCGCGAAAGGGGUGAGAAGCAUAGCGAUGUUGAGCUUGACCAGGAGCAUGAACAAGACAAUUCCAACUCGCAGUGGUUAGAAGAGCAUGCUGUUCCGUCCCGCGAUGUGGAUGAGAAAUACCUAAGUCACGAAACCAACUCUCGGCCACUGGCGUCGCCCUCAGAUAUAAAACCUUCGAAGUCGCGUUCUGAAGCCGAUGUGACUGCUGCUGCGGUAACAGAACCCGGUGAUACUGAUCGUGAUUCCCAAGAUGACGGAGGAUAUACAACCCUCGGAGAGGAUUCAGUCAUACUUGAUGAUGACCCUGAUACAACACCCACGGGAUCUCUGAAGCCAAUCGCCCCAGUCCCACCCACGACAACCCAACCCCUCCAUGAUCAUCAGCAGAAACCAAAGCAACCUCUAGAAACCAUUGAGCUGAUACCCUAUCGUCACCAAGUUGGCGGUCAUACGACCAUGUGGAGAUUUUCCAAGCGUGCCGUGUGCAAGCAACUAAACAACAGCGAGAACAAGUUUUAUGAAACUGUCGAACAGUAUCAUCCUGCAUUGCUGAAGUUCCUUCCCAGGUACAUUGGUGUUCUCAACGUUACUUUUGAGAAGCAGAAUCGACGCAAGUCAACAAAAAAGGACGAUGCCGAGGCAACUGACGAGCGCCAAGACUAUGUCCAGCCCACUCCGGAGGAAAUGCCGAAAGGAGAAUUUCUGGCCGAAAAUACCAGCAAUGGUUAUGCUUCAGCGACUGGCCAUGAAGAGAAGAGAGUGAUCAGUCAAUCGCUUAACUCAUCCUCUGAGCCCAUACCAACCGUGACGGUCGCAGAUAAUCGACAUAUUCUCCCGUCAAGCUUCUUAAAACCUCGUACACUGUAUGCAGAUUAUCACCUUCGGUCCUUGAGCGACACUACAUCGUCCUCAACUCCUAAUCUCGGUCACUUUCCUCACAACUCCGAGAGUGAUGUUACUGGUAGGCCGAAGUUGUACGAAAAGCCAGCACAGAGCUGGGGUGCGACAACUGUGAAUAAGGACUUGCGAAAUGAAGUCUUCACAGACGCGUUCUGGGGACAACCAAUCCCGAUUCAGAGCCACAAGAAGCCCGCGUCUCGAACUCGUUCCCUGCACAGUCGUAAAGGAUCUGGCUUGCGUAAUUCAAGCUCUGAGUCAAGUCUCAAGACUGCCCAGCAAACUCAAGCAGCUUCUACGCAUCCGGCUGAAGAAUCGAUUCGGAAGAAAGCAAUGAGAACUGCUGCCGAACGACAAAUGGGACUGACCCCACUGACGGAAAUCGAGCCCAUCGAAGCGCAAAAUGCAGUUGUUGAGGACGGUGACGCUGAGUUGGACGAAAAGACAGGCACCAGUGCACCAGAACCCGAGAUCGCUUACACAGAAGGUGUUCGGAGUAGCAAGCGUCAAAGACGUUACUCCAGCGGCGGAUUGCGUCGUAAACCAUCGGAAGUAGCUGAUGACCGAGGCAGCCUCAAGUACUUCGAAGAAGCUGACGAUGCUGGUUACAAGGGCGACGUUGAGGAAGAAGUCUUCUUGAUGGAUGCCGACCCUAUCAAAAAGCCUUUGAUCUCAACCAAACUCAAAGCGCACACCCAAGACUUAGCCACAAAUAGCGCUGAGAAUUCAACUAUGCCAAAGCCUACUGAGAUGAAGGAGUCCACAUCAAUUGACAUGCUACCAGCGUCCCCGGAAGAACCACCGAAGUUCGUCAAUAUGCCACGUCCUGUGAACCCGAAGGAGGCUCGUGCUCAGCCUGGAUCCCGCGUUGAGUACUUCCUACUCCUUGAAGAUUUGACAGCCGGGAUGAAGCGUCCAUGCAUCAUGGACCUCAAGAUGGGAACUCGUCAAUAUGGCGUCGAGGCCAAUGCGAAGAAGCAACUAUCUCAGCGCCGUAAAUGCGAGGCAACAACAUCGAAAGAGCUUGGCGUCAGGGUUUGUGGGCUACAAGUCUGGGACGUUAAGAGUCAAAGCUAUAUCUUCCAAGACAAGUACUUUGGGAGGGAUCUGAAAGUUGGCCUGGAGUUCCAGAACGCUCUUAAAAGAUUCCUGUAUGACGGUAUCGAUUACUCCAGUGUGCUCCGACACAUCCCGACUAUUCUUUCGAAACUUUCGAAGCUCGAAGUCAUCAUUCGAGGUCUCGCGGGAUAUCGAUUCUAUGCUGCUAGUUUACUCAUGUUCUAUGACGGCAACACAGAGGAAGUGGAUGAGAGCGAUAAUGGGCGAAAUGAAAAUGGUGUGCGAAAUAAGAAAAAGGACAUUGAUUUCAAGAUCGCAGAUUUUGCCAACUGCGUCACGCUUGAGGACUCUCGCUUUCAGGACCGGCCAUGUCCUCCUCUGCACCCAGAUUCUCCUGACAACGGCUUUUUGCGUGGUUUGAGGAGCUUGAGGAAGUACUUCAUAGCGAUCCAAGCGGAGAUACGUGCUGAGAUGGGCAUGUCGUUAGGAUCUGAGGAUAGAGACAAUGGAGUUGACCUCAUAGAUGAGGAUGAUGCUGGUAAUGUCAGCUAUUGA